AUGGACAUGUGCUUGUUGAAUCCUUUCUCUAGAAAACGUAUAGAUCUUCUUUCAGUGAUGACCUUGGAGAUGCCUUGCCCGAGGGAUCGAUUCAUGUGUAAGUGGCAAAUAAGCAAAGCCUUCUUAUCAACUACUCCUACCAACUCAAAUUGCUGCUUUGUCAUGGUUAUACACGAGGGUUUUAGAGAGUUUGCUUACUGCAAAGUUGGUGAUACAACUUGGAGACCAAUUAAUGGACCAGAUCUGACUGGUAAGCCAUAUUCUUUUUAUGUGGACGCAAUAUAUUUUAAAGGGAAAUUCUAUGUGAUAGCACGUACUAGAGUGAUUUAUAUUUGCGAUCUGGCAGCUCUAGAACCGACAAUGAUUGAAUAUUGUUUAGGACCCGAGCCAAGUCCUCAUUCAAGUCAAAUGUAUUUAGUUGAGUCAGGAGAAGGAGAAUUGUUGCUCGUCUUUCAAAUCUCCACAUGUAAUUAUUAUGAAGACCUUAUCGAUGAUGAGCUAGAAUGUGUCGAGGUGCAUCUACGUCGGGCUACCAAUAAAUCUACAGAAAAACGCAUAGAAAUACCAAGCAAACACAGUCGUUAUGAAGACGUAAUCGAUACCUACGAUUACGACAAUAAUUUUCGACAUGCAUCUCAUAAGAGAGUAUUUGUAACUCAGUAUUUUGAAGUAUACAAGUUGGACACAAGAAGCAAGUCAGAGCCAAGCUGGAUAGAAUUAGUAGAGAGUCUAAAUGGGGAGUCAUUGUUUGUGGGACUGAAUCAAUCCUUCUCCGUCUCAAAUCCGCGAUUGUUUGGGUACAAGGAAAACAAAAUAUACUUCACAGAUAACGUUAUUUUCAUGCACCAAACUUUUUGUUGUUCAGGUAAUGACAUGGGCGUGUUUGAUUUGAAGGAGUGCACUGUCGAAUCACUUGAUAUGAGACAUUUUAAGUAUACAAGACCACCUCCCAUUUGGGUUAUCCCCAAGCCAUAG